GCACACUAUGAGGCAUCGUGUGCGGCGCUGCUGCACCUGCUGGCGUUCAGCGCGCCACCAGCGCUGGCGUCGGUGCGGCAGGCAGCGGUGCGCGUGUGUGCGCGCAUGGCCACUGUGGGGGGCGGUGGUGGCGGGAGAGUGUCACGGGCGCCAUGCUGCUCGGCCUCUCCGCCUAUGUUGAUGCCCCCGGUGAGGCCAGUGUCGGGAGAAAUGCAUGUGCUGUGCUCCCUCGCUGCUCUGCUCUGCGUGCUGUCCCUUGCCGCCACUGCUGUGCUGUGUUUCAAGCACCCCGCCCCGCCGGCACAGCCCCUUGAAGCCCUCUCUCUCUGCGACCACGUGGUGCUGGACGCCUGCACUGCCCUCGCUGCCUCCCUCCUCGCCCUGCCUCCACACCCCCUCUCCCGCCCACUCCGCCACGCCCCCAUUCCCGCCCUCCCCCUUCCCUCCUCGCACCCCCUCCCUGUGCUCCCUUCUCCCCCCUCGUCCACCUCGCCCCUCGUCCCGCCGCUCGCCACCCUCACCGCCCCCUUGCUCGCCGCGCUGUGGCGCCUCCACCUGUCACGCUCCGCACCUGCUCUCCGCAGUCAUGGCACGCAGGCCAGCACGGGUAGCACGGGUUGCAUGGGCAGCAAAGGCAGCAAGGGCAGGGAUGGUGGAGGGAAGAGUAGGGGAGGCGUGGUGGCGCGGGCUGCUGAGUGGCUGUGGGGGGCAACAGGUGCGGGGGAUGCGAGGGUUGUGGGAGGGGAAGCGGUGAUGGGUGCGGGGGAAAGGGAAGGUGGCAUGGGCGGGGAGAGAUGCAUGCUCACACCAGUGCUGCUUCGUGUGCCACUGGUGUGA